GUAUCACUUGAAUGUUAACGAAGUAAACUCGUUACCGUUCUGUUCGUAUUCUUUUGUAUUUCAUUUUUUAUCUUUGACGCAAUUAAUUCCCAGAUCUAAUCUUUCGUGCGUUUGAAUCAUUUUCAGAUAAUUAUGGAGAACUUCUUAACGAAGUUCUCGGUGAGAAGUUCGGAUAGUAAGUGGAACAUCGGCAUUUGCGAUGAAGCUGAAUUUACUUGCGUCAGCUGUGUUUAUGUGGGGAAAUUCUGUCCAAUCCAAGGAAUUAACCCUUUGGUGGCUCUGGGUCAUGAUUCCGGCGUUGUCACAGUUUGUAAUACAUCCUCUUCUCUCCACGAGGAACCGAAGUGGCGUUUCAAGCAAUCCGAGUGUGGCUCGCACAGUAUAUUCGAUCUCGACUGGAGUACUUGUAAACCCAUGAUCGUGAUCGGAACGGCGAACAAGACCUGUCGAAUUCUUCGUAUCCGUCCGUCUGAAGUAGUUGUUGGCGAGGUUUUUCAGAAGCACGAAAGAACUGUCAAGUGUGUUAAAUGGCUUCCGGAUAGUGAUACCGUGUUCGCCUCUGGUGGUCGUGAUUCUACUGUGAUCGUUUGGGAUCUCCGUGUUAAGUCUAAAACUUCCUCGGUUAUACGUUUGCCAAGGAUCAGUCCCUUGGGAUCGAAACGAACGAAGAUUACAGCGAGUGAUACCAAUGAGCGACAUACUUCAGUUCAAGGAAUUCAGUUCGUCGAUAGCAAUCACAUGAUAACCGCCAAUGAUGGAGAUGGGUGCAUACGUGUGUGGGACCUGCGGCGAGCCUACUCGGAAUCUUGGACGCGCCCCUCGGUUCCCUUGCAUGUUUUGCCUUUGCCUGGAGCUGCGGAUGGUCGUCACUCGGCCGUGUCGCUUGCAUUGGACAAGUUUAGGAGCACUCUGUACGCGAGCUGCACGGAUAAAUCUGUUUACGCAUACGACGUGAUUAAUUUCAAUCGGAAUCCACUGCGGAAAUUUUCUGGUCAUGAGGGAAAAUUCGAUCAUCCCUUGUGCAUUAGCUGUGAUGGCUCAUACAUGGUGGCUCAGAGUGGUGCGGAUGAAAUUGUGUUCUGGGACUUGAAGAGCUCGUCAUGCUUGCCGACCGCCAAGCUUGAGCUCGACGGUGUCGGUGUCACAUGUCUGGAUUGUCAUGCCGUUGAUCCUGGGGAUAUUUUCAUUGGUUCCAUGACGCAUCACUUCGUGGCGCGCCUGUGCGACCCCGUGCAUUCUCCGAAGGAAGAGGUGAUCACAAAGUUUCAAGCUGUGGAAAUCAAUCCGAAUCCUGGAAAUUUGGACAGGAGAAAGAGAGCCUGGAAAGACAUGACGAUGCAAAAAGUUUACGGACUCGGACGUCGGUUCGAAAUUUACAACCAUUGUCCCCGUCCAAUAAGCAAUCUAUCUUCCACUUCGAAAGUUAUUCCGUAUCUCCCGAAAGUUGAUAUUUCGGAAGACAAAGAAAAUAUUAUGUUCGUGGAGAGUGACGUAGAUGAAGAGCUCCUAUUCAAUAUUCCGUUCACCGGUAGCGUCAAGAUGAAAGGAAUAAUUUUAAUGGGACCGGAUGAAGAGUCUCAUCCGUCAAAGAUACGCUUGUUUAAAAAUCGGCCGAAAAUGACUUUCGAUGCUGCAAGUGGUGCGCCCGAUCAGGAAAUUAGCCUCUCCAAAGACCCGAAAGGAGUUAUCGAAUAUCCUUUGAAACCAACGAAAUUUUCGGACGUGACGUACCUGUCAAUUCAUAUUCCGGGUAAUUAUGGCACUGACAAGACUCGGGUGGAUUAUAUCGGCCUGGCGGGCGAAUGGCGCCCGGCUCACCGUCACGGCGUCACGAUCUGUAAUUACGAACUUGCCCCCAGUGUCGCUGAUCAUCCGGAAGUUGAUGAUUGGAACAAAGUUGGAGGGAACCACGUUAUGUGA